AACCUCAGUGUCAUCCGGAAGAAAAACAAACAUUCCCAAUCUUCCCAAUAUUUCUCAAAUUUUGGCUACAAAAAUGAAUUUUCCGGUUGUGCUUGUGGUGCAGGAUGGUGGUCCAUCGGCUGAGGAUGUCAUUACAAACAUCCGGAAUGCGCCCCUUGAAGAAAACACCCUGAUCCUUGAAAAUUCAAAUUUCAAGGGAUUCAGGCAUCAUCUGGUCACAAAAUACUACGAGACAGAUCUCCUGCUCGUCCCCAUUCCAUCUCCCCUGGAUUCCUGCCCACAGAAUCUGCUCAGCAGCGCCGAGGGCGUGUUAAUUUGCUUCGAUGCUAAAAAGAGAGACUUUCUAAAGGUCAUUCCCAAGUACGCCAACUUCCUCAAGAGUCACCAGAUCGAGCUUGGUAUCCUCCUGUGUGAUCAAUUGAGCGAGGAAGAGGCUGAUGGGAUCACCUACCGCGAGGCCAAGCAAUGCAGCAAGGUGCUAGAUGUAAUUGAGCUGGCAAGAACUGAGGAUCCGGACGAAGAGGAAGAUCCGCACAAUCCAACGGGGUAUGAGGAACUGCAGCAGGCUCUCAGGAGCUUUCUCUGGUCCAGCGCAGAAGUCAGCAAUGUUUAUCACCGAAGCAAUGGAUACUCCACAAUAGAUGCUCAAGAUGACGAGGAUGAGGACAGUCAGGAACUCCCUGCAGUCGAUCAGGUGGAUCCUGAAAUGAAUGAGGACGAAAUCUCCGCAGAAUUGGCAAAUUACGAGCGUCUGCUCAGCGAAGUAAUCCAAUUCCGUUCGACUACUUCCUCUUGGACGAGGAAUGAGCGCCUUGCUUAUGCCCAGGAGUUUGCAAGUCUCUUUGAUGAGCUGCUGGGCAUAGAGUCGGGCUCAGACGAUGAGGAUCACUACGCUGAGGAGCACGUGAUUGCAGUGGAGGAGCCAACACCAAAAUAAAUGGAGAAGGGGAAUAUCUUAUCGGGAUAGGCAUCCUGUAAAACAUUUAUUUUAUAUAUAAUUACUAAUUGUAUUAUUACAAAAAAUACGCAAUACACAGGUUUAUGUUAUCAUCGGUA